AUGUCUGGCUACUACGGUCCUCAACAACCUCAACAAGCUUACAAUGGUGGCUACCAGUCUCAGGGAGGCUAUCCUCCUCAAGGUGGUUAUCCUCCUCAAGGUGGCUAUCCUCCUCAAGGUGGCUACCAGCAAUCUGCUCCUCAGCCUAUUUACAUUCAACAGCAACAACCCCAGAAAAAUGACAGUGACUGCUGCUGUGGUCUUUGCGCCGGUCUCGCGUGCUGCUUAUGUCUUGACUGCUUGUUUUAA